CCCCGUUUGGUUGCGCACAGACUGCGGGGCCCGGGCUCCCUCUAGCGGCGGGCGGCGGGGGUUUCCGGAAGUGGCGCCCCGCACGAGGCCCGUCCCGGGGAUCCGCCGAGCCGCAGAGAGCCUUUCCUAUGGGGUCCAAGGGCACCGAGAGCUGGCCCGGCACGGUGGCGUCUUUCCGGGCCGGACCCUCGGCCUUCCUCUUGUCCCGCGGGGCCAGCGAGGCCUUUGUGGCCGAGAUUCUGCGGGAACUGCACGGCGACCGGUCAGGGGAACGGACCAAGCUCUCCCUGCUGAUGCUGCUCCUGGAGUUCCCCAGGCUGCUGUGCCCGGACCCCAAGGCCGGUCAGGAGGCGGCGGCGUCCCUGGUGGCCCUGUUUGCCCGGCUGGGCCCCUCGCCGGCCAAGGCCUCCCUCCGGCGCCACCUCCUCUUUGCGGCGGGGACGGUGCUGGUGGCCACGGAGGCCUUUGCCGAGGCCUGCCCGACCUCCCGCCAGUACCUGGCCCUGCUGCUCCGCCUGGCGGCCGACCUCAACGACCAGCGCGGCGGUCCAGCGGAGCGCCCCGUCCGGAUGGCCGCCUGCGAGUGCCUGCGGGAGCUGGAGGCCGGCUGCCCCGGGUUGCUCUCGGGCCGCCUGGAGGCCUUGCGCUCCUUCCAGCGGAGAGAGGCCUCGCCGGCCCACCAAGGCUACGCCCUUCUCUACGGAGCGGCCUUGCGCAACGGCGUCCUGCUGCUGGCCAAGCGCGGCACGGGGAGCCUCGGGGGGCUCUUGGCCGGGAAGGAGGACCUGGCCUGGGGGCCGGGCGAGGUCUCCGCGGCCGGCCUGGACCGGCUGGUGCUGCUCCCCUCGCCGGGAGACCUCAAGGAGCUGAAGUCGGUGGUCUCGGCCCUGCUGGACGGCUCGUUCUCCCUCUCGCCGGCCGCGCAGAGCCACCUCCUCUGGCACCUGGCGCAGGCGGUGAGCGUGGUUCGCACCCAGUCCCCGGCCAUCUUCAAGGCCCAGCUGGUGCGGCUCUUCGGCACGGCGGACGUGGCCCUGCAGCACGCCAUCCUGCAGCUCAAGGCGCUCUUCACCGACAGCCUGUUCACGGCCGAGGACGAGGCCUUCCUGCUGCGGCGCCUGGUCGGCCUGGCCCAGCACCCAGCCCUGCCCGCCCCGGCCCGGCUCUUCCACCUGGACUGCCUCCUGCACUUCCCGGAGAACCGGCCGCUGGGCUCGGGCGCCGACGAGGGGCUGCCCGUCCUGCUCACCCCGCGCACCGCCUCCGGGCUCUUCCCGGGCCUCUUCCAGGACCACGGCACCGUCCUGGCCCGGCUGAACCUGCUGUGCCUGGUGUGCGUGGAGAGCGAGGGCCCCGCGGCCGAGCGGGGAGCGGCCUACCUCCUGGAGCACGUCCUCGCCCUCGGCGGAGUGGUGGCCCAGGGGGGCGGCCCGGAGGCCGUGCGGCUCUUCUUCCGGGCGGCCUUCCUCUUCGCCCGCCACUUCGGCCCCCGCCCGCAGCCCAUCGCGGAGCUCACGCGGUGCGUGCUGCGCCUCUACCGCCGCGACUGCAGCCUGGCGCCGAACGUCAUCAACCUGUUGGACGAAGCGUGGGGCUCGCUGGAAGACCCCGGCUGGGCGGGCACGCUGGCCCGGGCCCUGCAGGAGCUCAUUGUGGGCGUCCCCUUGCGGGAGGGGGGCUUGGGCUGGCACCUGACGGCGCUGGCCCGGCUGGCGCGGGAGAAGGACCUCUCGCAGGGGGGCACCGUGCGCUUCCUUGGGCGGCUGGUCGCCUCGGGUCAGCUGGGGGACUGGCGCUCGGGGCAGAUGCUCCUCCGCGUGUGCCGGAACCUGAUGCAGCUCUGCCGGCCCCCCGACCUGGCCGACCUCCUCCAGGCCGUGGCGCUCAGGCACGCCGACACGGACGUCCAGGACCAGGCCCGCUUCUACUCCACGCUGCUGGCCAACCUCUCCGGGGAGAAGCUGGGCGCCGUGCUGGCUCGGGAGGCCCCCGCCAAGGCCCGGACGCUCUCCUCGUCCAUCGUGGCCGACAGCGAGAGCUUCGUGGCCUCGCUGACCGUCCACCCCGUCGAGCCCGCUCCCCUUGAGCUGCGGCGGGCGGCGGGCGGCGGUGACGGCGACGGUGCCCCUGCCGCCACGUGUCCGGCGCUCGGCGCGGAGGACUACUCCCGGUGGCUGUUGGAGGCCCGGCCCCCCUCGCGGCUCCGCCUGGCCUGUCACUUGGCCCACGUGGGUCCCCGCGGGCCCCCCUUUGACCUCCUGCUCUGCGUGGCGCUCCGCUUCUCGUGCUCCGACCGGCACUACGGGCCGGUGCCGGAGCUGUGCGUGCCGUGCCUCUCGGCGCACCGCCCGCCCCAGGCGCUGGCCCUGACGCUGGCGCCGCGCUGCCCGUUCCCGACGCGCCUCGACGUCUCCGCCGUGUACACCACGCGGGAGGGCCUCACGCGCUGCAGCCGCCUCGGCCCCGUCCAGGUGGCCUUCUGCGACCUCUUCGUGCCGCUCCCGGUGCCCGCCUGGCCUCUGGAGAAGCGCCAACGCCUCUUCGCCGCCCUCUGGGACCGGCUCUGCCCCGAGAACGGCGCCGACCGCGCCGAGAGCGUGACCGUCUGGCCGGUGCCGCCGCGGCCUCUGGACGGGCUGAUGCAGAGCCACUUUGCGCGGUACCUCCUGGCCGAGCACUCCGGGCGCUACGAAGUCGGCCUGGCCCUGCCGCCACGCUGCCACGUCCUGCUCCGAGUGCAGAGCGUGGCCGAGUCUGCCCGCGUGGGCAUCCGCACGGACAACUGGAAGAUCCUGCCCUCCCUGAACAGCUACCUGCAGGGCCUGGUGGGCGCCGCCUGAACCCUGAGCCUCACCCGGGCUCCGCUGCCUGUGCAGAGCUUGGAGAUUUUGCAAUAAAACCCUCUUUGCCAUUCUGGAUACAAGGCAGGAUGGAUGGAAAGAUGUGUGUGUGUGUGUGUGUGUGAUUGAGGCAGAGGGAGAGGCCGGGUCUGCACUGGACUGCAUUCCGUGUUUCCCCGAAAAUAAGACAGUGUCUUAUACCAGGGGUCCUCAAACGUUUUAAGCCGAGGGCCGGUCCACAAUCCUUCAGACUGUGGAGGGGCCGGAUUAUCAUUUGGAAAAAAAAUACAAACAAUUUCCGAUGCACACUGCAUAUGUCUUAUUUGUAGUAUAACAACAACAACAAUGAAAGAACAAUACAAUAUUUAAAAACAAAAACAAUUUUAACCAA